AGACCGCAAGCUAACAUUUUCAAUGAAUACAUUGCAGAAACACAACAAGGAAUAUUUGAUGUUGUAUUGAAAGGUGUCAUUGAUUUUGAUUCUGAUCCGUGGCCUGUCAUAUCUGAUAGUGCAAAAGAUCUUAUAAGACGAAUGCUGAAUCCUCGCUCUGCCGAGCGCUUAACAGCACAUGAAGUUCUAUGCCAUCCAUGGAUUCGUGACCAUGGAGUAGCUCCUGACCGUCCACUGGAUCCAGCUGUCUUAUCUCGCAUUAAGCAAUUCUCUGCAAUGAAUAAGUUGAAGAAAAUGGCUUUGCGAGUAAUAGCAGAGAGCCUAUCAGAAGAGGAAAUUGCGGGGUUGAAGGAAAUGUUCCAGACCAUGGACACUGACAACAGUGGCGCAAUUACCUACGAUGAACUAAAAGAAGGAUUGAGAAAAUAUGGUUCCACACUGAAGGACACUGAGAUUCGUGAUCUUAUGGAUGCAGUAAGUUAACUGAAACGUUUUGGUAUGCUUGUUUGUAU